AUGGUUGGUCUCAAGCUCCUGUCGUUGGCGCUCGCCACCAUUUUCUCGGUGGGCACCAACAGGGCAAGCGCAGCUGGCAGUGUAGCCACAGCCAACAAGGCAGACAGGGUGGAUUGCUCGGAGUCAAUGAACGCGGCCCGCAAACUUGUCGGCUUCGCCGACCUCACACUGGGAGAGGAAGGAAACGAAAAACUCCCAAUAGACCCCGCUGCUAAGGCCCGCACUGAGACCGUAGCCGCUUACGUGAAGUCAGUGUGCACGGCGUUAAAAAGUAAUGAAGCGUCUCCUCCAGGCGACCUCACUGGCACGUACGCUUACGCUGUUCAAGAAGGAACCAGUGCUAACUGCGAAGCCGCAGUGGACUACUGGAAGGCAGCCCUAUCCAAUUUCGACGGUCUGCCUCCUCAAUACACAGCAGAAACCAAACUGUACAAAACCCCUCAAAAUGUAUCCUUCAUUUCCCUAUUCAACCCGAAUGAAAACCCGAAAGUGGACUGCGCAUACUUCACUUGUCCAGCACAACAGGAUGAACCGAACGAGCCAGACGGCGCUAGUGUCCGCGAGAAAGAUUCAGAGCUGGAAGGUGAGGGUGAGAGCACGACGGACAAAGAAGUGAAGGCUCUUCUUUGCGUCACCACGCCGAAUGCCCUGACGACCAACAAAGCCCCAUACACGCAAGACCAAUGGGAUCAGAUCAACGCUGGGCUCAAAAAAAACUCUGCACCAGCAUUGCCUACGUUCCUUGGCUUUGCUGCUGCAGCAGUUGGCGUUGUUCUCUUUUGA